GAAAAACAUGUUAUGUAAUGAACACAACAACUUUUAAUUGUUCUCUUUAUAAUCGAUCUAGAGUUUCGAUGAGAUUUACGGAAGGAAACUAGCUAGUAACUAUAGUUGACCCGGUGAGUCGUAGAGGGCGUAUUUCAGAACGUUUUCCUCCAGCCCUUAAGGGAGCAGGGGUAGAGGAAAAUCAAUACAACAUCAUUCCAAUGUAUAAACACAAGCUAUGAGUGUUUUGUCGGGAUUGUCCAAGUUCUAAACGGGUUUUGAUGGAAAUUCAUUGAAAUAUUUCGAAUCGGUGAAGUUCUAGUGGUGAGUAGCACAUAAAGUAAUUUCAUCAAAUGGAGCAAUCAUCAUGUGACAUCGCCAACAAAAAAUUCCCUCCAGAUCACCUCAGGAUCUUCGUGCAUCAGGGGGAUGUUACUAAAGACCUGAUAACGACAAGAGAUAAAAUCAAACACCUUCUGUUCGCCUUCAGCUCCAUUGAGAAUAUAUCCGAGGAUUUCUUGGGUUCUCUUCCAGACGUUGAGAACCUGGUUCUGAACGGGAACCAGAAAUUUCCCAAAUUAACCAAAUGUUUCUUUCAGAAAUUCCCCAAAUUGACCCUUGUUUACGUGCAUAACAACGAAGAUUUAGAAAUAGACAAAGACGCUCUAACAGAUUUGGACAAAUUGAAGAUACUUUCUGUGCAGGGUUUGAAAUAUCAGGAAUUGAACGAGGAUGUCUUCAAGGGACUUAACAAUCUGAAGAGGCUGUCCGUGGUCAAAUGUGAUAUCUCCAACAUAGAGCGGAAUACUUUCAAGCACAAAGAGAACCUGGAAGAGAUCAAUCUCGCAUCAAAUAACUUGACUGGCUUCGAACCCGGAACCUUCGAAGGUUUGGACAAGCUUAAAGAGCUAUCUUUACAAAACAAUAAACUGGGGAACAUAGACUGGACCCAGUUCAACACACUGCCUUCUCUUGAGUACCUUGAUCUGUGUGAUAACCAGAUGACGAAGUUCGAUGUGGCCAAAAUGAAAGAAAUGUUUCCCAAAAUCCAAAAAAUAAAUAUUAUGAGCAACUGUUUCACAGAGGAGGAACUGGAGGUUAUAGAGAACGAACUCAUGGGUUUGGGGAUAAAGAUUGAAUAAGGCAUUGUAUUCGAUGUUAUAAUUUUGUCAAUAAAUCUCUUACGUUCGA